UGGAACCUUGAAGAUCUAUUCUGAUACAUUAUUCAGUAUGGGUGUGUUGAUUUUUUUUGUUCCUGCUUCUGACAUCAUUUCCUGAGCAGCAGAUUCGUUUAGCCGUGUAGCCAGAUCCUGUUCUUAACAGACGAUGCAAAAAGCUCCUUAAAAUGGAUUUCAAAUCUCCUUUUACCCUGCAGUGCGUGCUGGUGAUAAUAAUCAUGAUUAAUGAGCCAACCCAAAUCCCAGCUCAUGUUUCCGGCCACAUUAAUGAGGGAGGAGAAUUACCUUGCGAGAGGGCUAACCAUUCCAGUCUCCGCUUUUGUUGGAUGCUGAAUGGACAACCUGUGGAUCUGACUGAGAUUGAGGAUGAUGGCAAGUGGAUUAUUUUGGUGACAGAGGUGACUGGAAAGCUUGACUGUCAGAUUCACCGUAACAAAAGCAUCAAUGAGUGUUCCGUCAUAGAACUGGACUGUAAAAAAGGAAACCUGCUGCAGGAACCUUGGUUCAUUUACACCCUGGCAGCGUGUGGAGGGGGAGCAAUUGUCCUGGCUGUUAUAGCGUCACUGAUAACAUGCUGCUGCCUGAAAAGCAAACAGCAGUUCAUUCCGGUGCCUUCAGAGGAGGAAAAGGAAGAGGGAAUGACGAUGUCAGUCAUCUCCAAUGAAGAAACAAAGAGCCCUCCAAAUGGAGACCACCAUGAGGCACCAUCUGCCCCAGAUGACAGCCCUCCAAACCCUGAAAGCACAGAGACCUGUCAAGGUCUUGAGGCAGAGCCCAAGAUGGAGGCAGAGUCUGAGGUCACACCGGAUCCAGAGGUGGUUGUUGACAUCAACAACGAAGAAUUUUUGUGCGACUCUUUCCCUGAUCCUAUUGAUCCCUGACCAGACACGCUCACUGUACCAUCCUGGGGCCGGGGGGAGGGGGAGAGCAUCCCCUCUGUAUUCCAUAGUUUCAUUCCAUGUAAGAACUUGUCUGCAAAAUAACUGAAUUAGAGGGGGAAAGUCCACAUGCGCACAGAUUACAGGCCUGCAAACCUUAUUAAAAACCAUGCUUGGGCGCUAUCAUUAGCAAUGGGCAAAAGGGUUCAAAUAUUAAUAAGACUUCCCCCAACUCCAUGACCAUUUGCCUAUUUAUAAGACUGUUCCUGAGCUAUGAAGCGGUUUGGCAUGCUCUGAAAUGAGCUGGGUAACCCUCCCCCCGCCCAUUAUUUUUCAUGUCUUUGCUCCUCUGAGAUUCCUGGCUAGGUACCGGGAUGGACACAACAUUUAAUCUGAGACCAAAACCAGGAUGUGUCAGAAAUUUCCUGGGAAAGCCUAUUCUCAUGAGAUUUCCAGCCACAUUUUGCAAACUUGAGGUCAGGGGAAGGCUGAGAUAAGCAUUCAUUGUGAUGGGUGCUUAUCUGAACCUAAUCCUUUGCAUUUCACCAUAACUAGUUAUUAUAUGAUGCUGAGAGAUGUGAACCAGCUGUGAUGGCUGGACGUAUUGGAAGAGGAUGACUUUGGAUCUCCCAGUAUAUUUGUUGCUCAGUAAUGACCAACAGGUGGUUAUAUAUUUUCCUUCCACGGAUGCUGAUUGCAUAGUGAGAUGAGUGAUUUGCAGCUGGUGUGUCACUGGGCUGCUUGCCUUUAUCAUAAGGGUUUUCAUGGCAUCCACCUGUGAUUCUGAAAAGGUGGCUAGUGUAAAGCUGAGAUUGUUGAGUGGUGUAAUCCUUAAGGCAUUACUGCCUGAAAUAUAAUGGUCUGGCUAGUGCAGGCUGAUUAAGCUGGUCCAGUGUGUGUGCUUGGGCUUUUUCUCCUCAGUGUUAUUUGCACAGACAGCUGCAGCUUAGAGAAUUCCUUAAGUGGGCUCAUCCUGGAGCCUGCUCAGUAUUAUACCCAUUGACUUUGCUUAGAAGAGACUUGGGACCGGAGUAGUGGGGUUCUGAUGGAGACUUGUUAGCAGAGAUAUAAAGGGGAAUCAAGGUAGCAGGGGACCCUACAGGCCAGGAGAAAGGAACACUGGCAAAACAGCAGGUGAGUCUAUCCUGGGAAACUGAUGGUUUGGGCUGAGCUACGUUCCCAGGGUAUGGGGGUAGGGGAUGAGGGCUGGGGUGGGUUCAAGAAAUCAAGCUUCCCUUGCUUUGAGAGAGCUAUGGAGGUGAGGGUCAGUUUAAAGUCAAAGUAGGUGAUGCAGUUCAGGGCUGAGCUACAUUGGCAAAGCUGUGGUGGCUGAGAACGUUGCAUUGCAUUUUCUCUAAUGAAUGCUGUUAUGUCCUCCAUUUGGUCACCAUUCACUGACAUUUCCCACCCCCCAUGGAAAGAGAACUGAGUGGUGGUUUGUACACGCUCUCUGAUGCGGGCUGCAAGCACCUCAGUAAGGAAAGAUUCCCUGUCUCCUGGCCUGGGAGCUGGAGAGAAUGGCACACAAUAUCUGAAAAAUCACUUUGCACAUUUUGAUGGCAAAGCUCUGUAUUGGUGAUGCCACAGGGUAAUUUGUUCCUUGUUCUGUUUUCUCUGAUUUUUAGGACUCCAUUUAUAAGAUCUUGCAGGUCUAGUAGCAGGGAGGGGAAGGGUCUUAGAUGUCAUGUGCCACAGGUGCCUGUUCAACCUAUCUCUACUGCUAGGAAACACCCCAUCUGUUAGGCUCAGACUUUCUAUGAUGGGAAAGAGUUGGCCCUUUGGAUUUUCUCAAGGAGUUAGGCCAUCCCCUCUCAGUUGGAAUGUUGCUCAGAGCCCUUUACAUGAAUGUGGCUGUGUGUGGGGGGGGGUUAUAUCACAUCCCUCAUGGGCACAUCCAGGUAGAAAUGUGGGGAUACCCAUUGAUGGUGCGCUGUGGGGGAGUUCAGUAGUGCCAAAGAAGUGCUGGGUGCAGUCAGCUCUGGGGUUUCCGACCUGUCUGCUGUGCGUUGUAGCUGAUACAGCUAUAGGCAAACAGGGUGACAUCAAUGCUGGUCCUUAAACCCAGGGCUCAGUGAUCCUCCUCAGAAUCGUGCCUGUGAAGAGAUGUUUCCGCUACUGUCAGUGUAGGUCUCAGUCAAACUCGAGCUGGAUUGAGCUUCCCUGUACCCAGGAAAUAUAGGGGAAUGAGUCUUCUGUUCUGUGGGAACUGGUAACCUAGGGUGCAGGAUCUCCAUAGGCAUCCCCUUUUCUCCCCCCCCCCCUUCCCUGCAGGCAGACCUCUAUCACCAGACUCUACCAUGCAAGUCUGGUGAGACUGUGCAGGAGUAGGGUUCUCCCCUUGAACUGGGUGCUGGUCAUUAGUCCUGUCCUGGCUCAUGUGUUGGGAGAAGGUCCAGGGAAACCUAAGAUGCUAGCCAGCUUUGGACGCUCGGCAGGCAGGCAGAACACUCCAUUUCUCUUUGCUCCCUCCCUGCAGCUGUACAGC